ACCAGCUGUUCGGCUGGUUCCAAAAGUCGUCAACAAACUCAACAUUAUGCAGAUUUAUUUUGCUGUAAACUUUGAAUAAUUGCGUUGUGUGAGGACAAAAACAGCCGAUAUAGAUUCGACAAAUCCGGGUUGUUGCCUUUUUUGUUUUAUGUGUUAGCUGGAGGAGAUUCCUAUCUGACUCAUGUCAAGUGCGGAAAGUCUGCAAACGGCCAGAAGACGGCAAAAGGAGAACGUUCAAGACACCGAAACCGUGGAUACGAAAGGAGAUCAGUCUACUCUAAAUAUAACAGAAGAAGCCAAGCCUGUCGUGAAUGGCAACAAGGCCGAUUUCUUGGCAAACCUCAAUCCAAGAUGGCGGAACUGGUGGAUCAGGUUAUUUUUUACUUGGGCAAUGAUCUUCUCAUUUUUUUUCAUUCUAUAUCUUGGACCUCUUGCCCUUAUUCUACUGAUUCAAUGCAUUCAGAUCAAGUGCUUCCAUGAAAUCAUCUCAAUUGGCCAUAAGAAGUAUCAAAGUUUAAGUUUACCAUGGUUUAGGAUAUUGAGUUGGUACUUUUUGCUCUGCAGUAAUUAUUUCUUCUAUGGAGAAAGCAUAUCAGAAUAUUUUCAAGGAUUGCUUUCGCAAGAACACAUAGUUUUGCAAUAUCUGAUUCGAUAUCACCGUCUUAUAUCGUAUGGAAUGUAUUGUUUUGGUAUCAUGUUAUUUGUCUACAGCCUGAAAAAAGAUUUCUACAAAAAACAGUUCUCUCUAUUUGGUUGGACGCACAUUACAUUGCUGCUUAUCGUGACCCAAUCUCAUCUCAUCAUGCAGACACUGUUUCAAGGAAUGAUGUGGUUCUUCCUUCCCGUUUCUUUGGUUGUAUGCAACGACAUUUGGGCUUAUGUUUUUGGAUUUUUCUUUGGCAAAACGCCACUUAUAAAGCUUUCUCCGAAAAAAACUUGGGAGGGAUUUAUAGGUGGUGGAGUGAUGACAAUAGUCUAUUCCUUCGUUGGCGUCUACAUCAUGUGUCAGUUCGAGUACUUCACUUGCCCAAUCGAGUACAAUAGCGAAUCAAAGACGUUCCUUACAUCCUGCUCUCCAGCACCUCUGUACCAGAUGACAGCUUAUUCGAUACCAUCUGUCUUUCAUUAUCCUGCAAAAUUGCUUGGCUUCGAGAAGCUUGAAGUUUGGAUGUAUCCGAUGCAAAUUCAUUCUUUCUUUCUCGCUUUGUUUUCUUCACUGAUUGCUCCGUUCGGUGGAUUCUUCGCAAGUGGAUUCAAACGAGCCUUUAAAGUGAAGGACUUUGGAGACACGAUUCCAGGUCAUGGUGGUUUAAUGGACAGAUUUGAUUGUCAGCUGCUGAUGGGCACGUUCACAUACGUUUAUCACUUCACGUUGAUCAGGGCACCCAAUCCGCUCAAGAUUUUUCGUCUCAUCAUGUCCUUAGCUCCGGAACAGCAACUAUUGGUGUACAAAAAAUUAAAAGAACAACUUUCGCAAGCCAAACUGCUGGACCAUUAACGCACGCAGUAUUUCUGAUCACGUGGCCAUCGUCUAUUUUCACAAAUGCAACUGUCGAAAAAGCAGCGCACUAAAUGGUCAUUUUUGAGACAAGAAUAAUCGUCUCGAAAGAAACAAAUUUUUCGUCUUUCAUCUUUCUUUUAAUUACGGUUCUCCAAUUCAUAGAAUAGGCAAUCGAGAACAAGCUCGUUUGUUUAAUUUUAUAUGUAAAAUAAUUUCACGUUUAAGACUUAUGAUGGUAGAAUGCUUGCAUGUCGCUCAAGAUGAAAAAGGCACGACGAACGGCCGUCGAAGUGAAACAAAACAAAACAAAAUACUUAGCACCACGAUAGGAAUUUCAAUCAAAUGUAAUUUACAGCAACGUAAUAAGAAAUAAUUAUUGCAAUUCUAA